AUGGACCCAGACUAUGAGAAACGACUCCUGAGGCAACAGAAUGGUCAGAACUCCCCCUACUCCUCGCCUCUUCCUGGUAGUAGUCCAGCUGCUUCUCCAAGCAAAGAAAAAUAUGGAGAUCGUUUCAUUCCGAGCCGGGCAGGUUCAAAUUGGCAUGUUAAUUUUAAUAUGAUUCAGGAAACUCCACCUUCUGUCAACCAGACACGUAAGGCCAAAGAAGCUAACACAGAUGGGGGCAAAGAUGGACUUGCCUACACAUGUCUCUUGAAGAAUGAACUCUUAGCUGCUGGUAUUGAAGAUAUCAAGGACCAGCAACCAGAUGACAGAAGGAUACUAGUGCCUAAAGAGAGUCGCAAUCUCUUUAAGUAUUAUGUUCCUAGGCGAAGUCCUGAUGCUGCUGAUUCAUCUCCCUAUUCUUUAUCUCCUGUUGGCAGUAAAAGCCAGAAAUUGCUGCGCUCCCCCCGCAAGGCAAUGAGGAAAAUUUCAAAAAUUCCCUUCAAAGUGCUAGAUGCCCCAGAAUUACAAGAUGAUUUUUACUUAAAUUUGGUUGACUGGUCUUCCCAGAAUGUCUUAAGUGUUGGAUUGGGAACUUGUGUUUAUCUUUGGAGUGCUUGUACCAGUCAGGUUACACGUCUCUGUGAUUUAGCAAAUGAUGGAGAUUCUGUUACAUCUGUAUCUUGGGCAGAAAGGACUCUUCCUUUUCCCUUUUUUCCCUCUUCCUUUUCCCUUUUUCCCUCUUCCUUUUCCCUUUUUCCCUCUUCCUUUUCCCUUUUUCCCUCUUCCUUUUCCCUUUUUCCCUUUUUCCUUUUCCCUUUUUUCCUUUUUCCUUUUCCCUUUUUUCCUUUUUCCUUUUUUCCUCUUCCUUUUCCUUUUUUCCUCUUCCUUUUUCCUUUUUCCUUUUUUCCUUUUCCCUUUUUUUCCUUUUCCCUUUUUUUCCUUUUCCCUUUUUUUCCUUUUCCUUUUUUUUCCUUUUCCCUUUUUUUCCUUUUUUCCUCUUCCCCUUUCUUUUUCCCCCCUCUUUCUUUUUUUUUUUUUACCUCUUUCUUUUUGCAUAAGUUUUCAUUUUCUUUGCUCUAA